UUUGUUUUCUAUAGCUGAAUCCGGUUUCCCACCUCCCUUCAUUUGGCUGCUUCAAUGGACUCUCCCAGGGUUGGUUGUGUGUAGAAAGCUGCUGUGCUGAUGCUCAUUCUGGUACCCACGAGCUGUUUUCUUCCUGGAUCCCUGGCAGAGCAUCUUUCCCGGGCGCCUCGGAGGGCUGCGGCCAAGCAGGUGGUGAACUAGGCUCAGCCCCUGCCGCGAGGAGCCUUGCCCAGCCGCCCCGAGCCCGGGCCACGCGAAUGGGUCAGGGGUCAGUGCCGUGGGACGCCGCCCGGGCCUGAGUGGCUCCUGGAGCUGCCUGCCAGCGCUUCUUGCCCUCUACCCGCCCACCUGCCCGCGGUAGUGCCCGCACCACCAUGGAGGAAGGCUACCGAGACCGGACGGCGUUCAUCCGUGGGGCCAAGGACAUCGCCAAAGAGGUGAAGAAGCACGCCAGCAAGAAGGUGGGCCGGGGCGUGGACCGCGUGCAGGAUGAGUACACGCGGCGCUCCUACACCCGCUUCGAGGAGGAGGACGACGACGAAGACUACCCGCCCCAGGACGGCUACUACCGUGGCGAGUCGGCUCCAGAUGAGGACGGCGCCUCCAGCGAUGCCACCGAGGGCCACGAUGAGGACGAUGAGAUCUAUGAGGGCGAGUACCAGGGCAUCCCGCGUCGCGACUCGCUCAAGGGCGGUGACGGCCCCGAUGCCCCUCCGCCUCCCGCCAGCACCUUCCAGGACUUCGAGGACACGGAGGGGCAGCGACGGAAGGAUAAGGAGGAGCUGGCGCAGCAGUACGAGCUCAUCCUGCAGGAGUGCGGCCACGGGCGCUUCCAGUGGACCCUCUACUUCGUGCUGGGCCUGGCACUCAUGGCUGAUGGCGUAGAGGUCUUUGUGGUCGGCUUCGUGCUGCCCAGCGCCGAGAAGGACAUGUGCUUGUCGGACUCCAACAAGGGCAUGCUGGGACUCAUUGUGUACCUGGGCAUGAUGGUGGGUGCCUUCCUGUGGGGCGGCCUGGCCGACCGCCUGGGGCGCCGCCAGUGCCUGCUCAUGGCUCUGUCCGUCAACAGCGUCUUCGCCUUCUUCUCCUCCUUCGUGCAGGGCUACGGCACCUUCCUCUUCUGCCGCCUGCUCUCGGGUGUGGGCAUCGGUGGCUCCAUCCCCAUCGUCUUCUCCUUCUUCUCGGAGUUCCUGGCGCAGGAGAAGCGCGGCGAGCACCUCAGCUGGCUCUGCAUGUUCUGGAUGAUCGGGGGCAUCUAUGCCUCAGCCAUGGCCUGGGCCAUCAUCCCACACUACGGCUGGAGCUUCCAGAUGGGCUCGGCAUACCAGUUCCACAGCUGGCGUGUCUUCGUGCUGGUCUGCGCCUUCCCCUCCGUCUUCGCCAUUGGGGCGCUCACCACCAUGCCUGAGAGCCCCCGCUUCUUCCUGGAGAACGGGAAGCACGACGAAGCUUGGAUGGUGCUGAAGCAGGUGCAUGACACCAACAUGAGAGCCAAGGGCCAUCCCGAGCGGGUCUUCUCGGUGACCCACAUCAAGACCAUCAAGCAGGAGGACGAGCUCAUCGAGAUCCAGUCGGACACGGGCACCUGGUACCGGCGCUGGCUUGUGCGGGUCCUCAACCUCUCCCAGCAGGUCUGGAGCAACUUCCUGGCGUGCUUUGCCCCCGAGUACCGGCGCGUCACCCUCAUGAUGAUGGCCGUGUGGUUCACCAUGUCCUUCAGCUACUACGGCUUAACGGUGUGGUUCCCAGACAUGAUCAAGUACCUGCAGAGCAUCGACUACGCCUCGCGCACCAGGGUCUUUGUGGACGAGAGGGUGGCACACGUCACGUUCAACUUCACCCUGGAGAACCAGAUCCACCGGGAUGGCAAAUACUUCAAUGACAAGUUCAUCGGCCUCAAGAUGAAGUCAGUGAUUUUUGAGGACACUCUUUUCGAGGAGUGCUACUUUGAGGACGUCACCUUCAGCAACACCUUCUUCAAAAACUGCACCAUCAUCUCCACCGUCUUCUACAACACAGACCUGUUCAAGUACAAGCUCAUCAACAGCAGGCUGCUAAACAGCACCUUCCUGCACAACAAGGAGGGCUGCCAGCUGGACUUCAGCGAUGACAACAGCGCCUACAUGAUCUACUUUGUCAGCUUCCUGGGCACCCUGGCCGUGCUGCCCGGCAACAUCGUUUCUGCCCUGCUCAUGGACAAGAUCGGGCGCCUUCGCAUGCUGGCCGGCUCCAGCGUGAUGUCUUGCGUGAGCUGCUUCUUCCUGUCCUUCGGGAACAGCGAGUCGGCAAUGAUCGCCUUGCUCUGCCUCUUCGGCGGGGUCAGCAUCGCCUCCUGGAACGCCUUGGACGUGCUCACCGUGGAGCUCUACCCCUCCGAUAAAAGGACGACGGCCUUUGGCUUCCUCAACGCCCUCUGCAAGCUGGCGGCCGUGCUGGGCAUCAGCAUCUUCACCUCCUUCGUGGGCAUCACCAAAGCCGUGCCCAUCCUGCUGGCCUCAACCGCCCUGGCGCUGGGCAGCUCCCUUGCCCUGAAGCUGCCCGAGACCCGGGGGCAAGUGUUGCAGUGAGAGGGGUGGGGUGGGGGGUAGGGAAGGGGCCAUGUCCACUGCGCCAGCACCCCCCCCAGUCCCUCCACCGCCCCCCACCCUGGGGAACAUAGUCGUUAGACACUGUGAAACGUCUUGAUUCCCCUGCCAUGUCGCCGAGGGGGCGGUUUAUUUUUUCGGUUGCUCCCUCUCCCCCGCCCCCUCCCCUUUUCGGUGUCAUUUAUGUGUGUGUGUGUGUGUGUGUGUGUGUGUGUGUGCGUGCACAUGUGCGCGUGAUGCUGCUCAUUUGUGUCCGGGGGGGCAGGGAAGGACCCUCAAUGAGGGUCGUGAUGGCAAUAGCCCUGCUAGGUCGAGCAGGGGGUGGGGUGGGGAGAGACUUGCCGAGACCACCCCCCCACCCUAGAGCUGGCGGGGGGUGGAGAAGGUGUGAUCACAUGCAUGGGUGAUCCCUGAAUCCUUCCAAUGGGAUCCACUAGGACCUGAGGGGGGAGGUCUUGUCAGCAGUGAAUGGAGCCCCUGGCUGGCGGGAGCGCAGGGCUGGGUUAAGUCCUUGUCGUGCCUCAGUUUCCCCAGCUGGUGGUGGAGGCAGCAAAGCCUGCGGUGGGGGCUGCAAGAGUUGACCCCAAAAGCACUGCAAGCUGCUGCCAGGUGAUGGCUCCAGGGUGGGUGUUAAUGCCCCCCUGCCCCCUGCUUGGGGGGGCGGGGUUAGAAGCACCCCCUGGUUUCAGAUGCCCCCUGCAGGCAGAAAGGGGAACUGUGCCUCUCUCUCCCACCUAAUUAGACCCAAUUAGCUAUUCUUAUUGCAAAGCCAUUGACCCAGCUGCCCCCACUGCCUCCCCCACCCUCCUUGGUCUUUUUAACCCUUCGUCCUCGUAAGGGCAAGGGCAAGACUCCCGGCUCAGCAGGGAUGGGGCCAAGCCUGGGACCGGGGGCUGGUGGCUUCUAGUCUGGGAAGCCGCUGAUUCAGCCUCCUCCCAGCAGGGCUCAGCUGCAAAUAGUGGGGGCAGGGUGAGGGUCCUGCUGUGCUCUGGGAUGAUGUCAGCACUGGGCAGUGAUGUCACAGCUCUGUGAGCCACUGCCAUACUGGGCCUGGGGGUGCAGCAGCUGAUCAUGGAGAGCGGUGUUGCGCCUUGGGUGCCUGCUGGCUUGAGUGAUGCCCUGAGUGGGGCCUAGAAGGUCGUGAGUUUGAAUCCUACUGCCCCUUGUACCCCAGUUUGGGGGGAAACUAUGGGUGACUGGGGUAGAAAUGAGCUGCUUUUCAGCCAGCUGCCGGCCCUCGGGGUGGUUACCCUGGAGAAGUGGGGUCAGACUCCUGGCAAAGUGGGAUCCAGGAGGGCUGGGGUGGUGGGCGAGGGCUCAUUUGCAAAACAACAAGCACUAAUCGUCACACCAGGCAUCCCUCACUCCAGAUGGGGAGGGGGGAGUCUGCCACUUUGCCCAGUUUAAUAACUGGCUCUGUCAUCUUGUACCGGCAGCAGGGCUUAGUGCUGUGACACACUCUCAUUAUUAAUCUAAUGAUCAGUGCCCAAGGCCUGUGAUCAACGCGUAGCAGCAGCCCCCCGUAUGGAGCGGGCCCUGGUGCACCAGGGCUGUACACACCUGCCGGUUGCACACGGGUUGACUGGAAAGGGCCUGAUGCUGUUUUGAAGCCAGCCAGGCUGGGGCUGGGGGGCUCUAAAGCAUCUUGCUGCAAAAGCUAAGCCACGUGUGCAUGCGUGAGCAUGUGUGUGUUGUGGGUGGGCAGUUUUUAGCCCCGAUCUCUUCCCUGUGGGUGUUACCUCUGACCACAGCCUUCUCCCCUCGCUGCGGCGCAGCUUGCAAUCGCAGUGCUACUUCUCUCCAACUCUCAGCCUUUUUUAGGGUCCCCCUCACCCUGACCUGUUAAAAGGGCGAGAAGCCCAGUGGCUUGGGUGGGUAGAGAGAAGCCCAGAUCUCACCCCCAAAAGGCAUCGAGGGCUUCACUUGUACCGAAGCACAAGCAUCUGAUACUUCUUGCAGCACAAAACAGGGGAGAGCUGGGUGGCUGGUGGGCACAAGAGGAGUCAAGGGGCAGAGCUGGGCUUCUAACCCUGAUCUGCUGACUCUGAGGAUGGGCAUCCCUUUGCCACGACUAGUGAGUUAGGGGACCCCUGAACAGAGGGGAGACAAAAGCAUCUCCUUUUCUGCUGCUCCAAGCACCAGCCUUGCAAUUGGGCUGCUGCUUGGUGACUUAAUUGAGGUGGGGGCAGAAAAGCAGAGGGAACAUGCAGCUCAGGUCCAGCUUCCAGGAAAGGGGGCAUGGGCUGGGUCCAGCCAGGGCUUGCUCAGAUUUCAUACCAGACAGGCAUGCCUUGAGGCUGGCAGCAGGGUGGAGGGUGUUGAUCUGUUUGCUGUGGAAAGCUAGUUGGAGAAAGCCCAUCCCUGCCCGGGCAGCUCCAAGUGUGCCAUGCCCAACCCCUGCCAGCUGCAGUUAAAAAGCACAAGGGCCAUCUCCCAGUGCCCUCAGGACCCUCAGCAGAGAUCUGGGCUGGGGUUUCCUUCUAGAGACCGGUCCCAGUCUGAACCCACCCAAACUGCACUGAUGCAGUAUGGACGCAAGUGGGGGCAGCAUCCGGCCGAGACAGGAGCUCCUUAGCCUUGCAUCUCCCUGUCCCUGAGCUUCCUUAAGGAGAAGCAAUCAGCCCCGGGGAACCUGGAGCCAGGCUCUGAUCUCAGGUCUGUGGAUGGAGAGGUGGAUCAGCUGUUCUCCACGGGAUGCAGCUGCUGCCUGUUCCAGCUGGGGUGCAUCUAGAGAGGGUUUGAAGCACACUGAUGUCCCCAGAGAAGCCCCCCAAGAUGUUCACCCCUAGUGAGCACCCUCCCAACCCACUGCUGCCCACUGCCAAUUAAUACCCCGUUCCCUUUAAUACUCAUGCAUUCUCCUGUAAGACGCUAGAGAGAUUCACUCUGCGCUGCGGCAGCACUGUUGCACUGGAAAAGAGGGGAGGGGAGAUUUCCAUGGGGGGCUCCCAGCAAGUACCAGGGGAAGGUGGUGGCUUCCAAGAGCUGAGUGUGAGGUCUUACCCCCUCGAUCUGGCGUGACAAACCCACAGCCGUUGGAAAAGCACAAAUCAGGCAAACGAAGAGCUGGGCCCAGUCGCUGGGCUCCAGCUAGGAGGUUGCCCACACAUGGGAGGGCUGGGGUUGCUAGGAGGUUGCCCACAUACAGGGGCAACCAUGCCUCCAGCUAAGACAGGGGUGGGCAAAAUGCGGCCCGGGGGCUGGAUGCAGCCCCCCCAGGCCAUUCUAUCCGGCCCGCAGAGUCCCUAAAAAAUUUAGAAAAUUAAUAUUUAUCUGCCCUGGGCUGCCUGUCGUGCGGCCCUCGAUGGCUUGCCAAAACUCAGUAAGCAGCCCUCUGCCCAAAAUAAUUGCCCACCCCUGAGCUGGGAGGUUGCCCACAUAUGGGAGGGUUGCCCCACAGCCAUCCUGCAGCCUCUCCAGCCCUCCGUGGGGCAGGAGGACAAGCCCCUCAGGGUCUAGUCACAAGCACAGCUCCAGAGAAAGGUGUCUAAAUCCCCUGGGAUGCAGCUUGGGUCACCUUGCCUGGGGCAGUGAGGGGUUCCCCAGCUGAUGUCAAGCACAGCAAUGCCAGCCACCCCUCUCUGACAGAGGCUGGCCAAAUCCAGGACCAAGCCAACCCUGUGGCCCCAGGACAGGCUGCUCCCCUCCCCGCCAUGGCUUGGGGAUGCCGUGGCUGGAGCCUGGGGUGUGGUGUUGGGAACAGCUCACGAGCUGAGUCCAGCUCUGCCUGACCCAGAGAUCUCACCCUCUCCACACAGCAAGGGAGAGCAUCUCUGUAGUAAUACUGCCCGUCCUCGGGGCAUCUGGGCUCAGGACCCCGGGGGACAUGACCUGCACAGAAAGCACAAUGUUGCAGGGGGGGCAGCAACAGAUCUUGGGCCUGGAGCCCCCCAGCCUCUCAACUGCACACACUCCCCCUGGAAAGCUCUAGUGGAGAAGAGACCCAGGGACUUGCCCCACUGGCCCAGACCCCCUUGCACUGCGAUCAGUGCUGGUUUGAUCUCACCCCCCAAAUACAGGACUCCCCCCCUGCCAACAUCAGCUUUAUAUCUUGGGGGUCUCCCUCUAACCCCCCGUUGCAAACAGUUCCAUCCGUCAUGCCCAGAGCUGUUCAACCAAGUGACUCUCUGUCCAAAGCAAUCAAAACCGUGCGUCCUACAUCCUGUUCUUUUCUUGGUCCCUGUCCCCUUUCUCUCAUUCUUCGGUGUAGCUGGUCUUUUUAAGAGAACAUCCGUAGUACGUCUGUAUGCAAAAAAGGAAAAAAAACCCCAACAACAAAAAAAACCCCCAAACUGUGCUGUGGUGUAGUUUUUAGAUGUUUGUAAAGAACAACCGACCAAUCAACAACAAAAAAAGUACAAAAAAAAAAAAAAAAAAAAAGCAAA